AUGGUGCUAAGACAGUCAAGCCGGUACCCCACGGAACAGUUACCUCCAAAUGGCCCGGAAAGUAAAAUUUCAGCCGAGGAGGUCGUUAAGGCCGCACCCAUCGCUCGCACUGAAAGCAAGUACAUACUCUUCAGGCAGGCAAGACAAAUCACUCGAGAGAUUCGACGGCUGGCUAAAUCCCAACUAUCGGGUUCAGGUGUGGCUGCCAGUGAGAAGCUCUCUUCAGAGGAUCUGCUCGACUGGUUCUCCAAAAUGUCUCUCCUCCUCGAGACAAAACUCUCGGGCGCAAGUCGGGUGGAUGGACAAGCGGAAGGACUUGUUGCCCAGCUUGAUGCCUUAUCGAAAACUGUCCAAGAGAGAAUCCUCAGCCUCCAAAAUCCACCAGACUGCCGGAAAGCUCGCUAUUUACUCACCACAACGGAGAAAGCUUGUGGGUUCGGCUGCCGUGUACACCACUGGGUCUACUGCUUUUCUGUCGCUUUUGCUCUGAAUCGCACUCUGUACAUGUCCCAAGGUCCCAACCACUCGGAAUUCCUUCCUGUCACUAACUGCGUUCCCGGAAACACCCGAUCAGAGCCAUUUAGCACAGGCAACAGUAACAGCCAAAACUUGCAUUGUCCAAUUAUUGAUAUGGUGAAUUCGAACCUGCGACCGCCAGCUCUACCAGCAGACUUGGCAACUGCGCUUGAACGGCUUCAUGGGGCGCCCUUUCCAUGGUUUGCAGGUCAGCUUCUGCAGUACCUCUUUCGUCUCAAAGAGGGCGAAUUCAAACGUGCCUUAGAAGCUAAUCUCAGCAGCCUCCGAACCGAGGCCCCAAUUGGGGGCUACCGACAGCCUGUUGUCGGAAUUCAUGUUCGACGGACGGACAAAGUCGGAACAGAGGCCCAGUUUCACAAGCUUUCGGAGUACAUGGUGCAUGCCGAACGUUUCUUUCAGAUGAAGGAACUCGAGCGUCAGAUUGCAAACGCAGAAAAUCACUGGACUGGGGAUCUUCAUGCACCUGUGUCAAAAAAUGCAUCCCUCAAACGCCGGGUUUAUCUCGCCACUGAUGAUCCCUCUGUCUUUGCGGAUGCCGAGAAGCAGUACCCCGACUACGAAUUCAUUGGUGACAGAUCCCGAGCAGAUUCCGCCAGUGUAGACAAGCGCGGCAGUAGAAAUUCCCUCCAAGGAAUUAUAACCGACGUGAUUAUGCUAGCGAACACAGACUUUUUGUCCUGUACCUUUUCGUCACAAGUUUGCCGACUGGCAUAUGAGCUGAUGCAGACCCAGCAUCGCUACCUGGGCGACGCCAGUGGACAAUUUGAGUCUUUGGAUGACCUUUACUACUUUGGUGGACAACAAAUGUCACCUUGGAAAGCAAUUAUGUCGUAUGCAAAGAGGGACAUAAGACUAGGCGAGGACUACAGCCUUCUUGGCAAUCAUUGGGAUGGAUUUGCUAAAGCGGAACGCAUAGGUGCGGGGAACAAAGGGCCACGAAUGCUGCCGGCAUUUUUGUUUGACCAGCAGGUUGUCCAGGUGCCGAAUGCGCCUUAGAUUUUUUUGCCUCCUUUAUACUGCAUGACAAUGAAUUUGACUGACUUCACUUCGCCUUAGGUGGACAUUGCGAAGGGAGCGGAUUUUUAUUUGACAAACUAAAAGAAUGGGCGUCUUUUCUACUUUACGAGUUUGAGCCCGAACGGACUGGAACGCUUCUGAUCCUGACACUAGGGAGCGGAUAAGGUGGGACUGGGUCAGGAAUGCACAGGCGGUUAGAGGGGACACUAGUUGUAGCAAGAUGUGCAGGAUGUCGUAAGAACGAUGCUGCACAGAGUUUAUAAAAAUACAAAUGGAAACUUCUCAUGUCUGGUCCCUUGAUUGUCGAUAUGUUUGAAUUAAAAGUAGGCCAAAUGUAUGUGGGUACUGUCGCAGCCGACGUAAGCACUUGUCUCAGAUAGUAAGCCGGUACUUUUCUUCAAUUCUGGACAGGGAACUUAUUUCAUGCGUCAUUGGCUCGUGAAAUAAACGAUGUCAGCCUGACGUUUAAGACUAUUAUUGACUCGUAGAUCAUACGAGGAUGUCGUCGGAAAUUUAGUCCAUGAUCUGAACAGAAAGAGGAAGUUGUUUUCAUCCUUGUCUACGUCACGAGUAAUUCUGUAUGUUUCGAGCAUGUCGGCACGAAGAUGUUUCCGCUGCGACCUUUGAAGGCAGUCCGUCGCUCAAGCAUUUCACAGCUACAUGGUCCUCCGUCAUCGGUAAGAAGUCACUAGUGCGAAACAGCUAUUUUAGGAAAAGCUCGAAGCCUGUGUGAGCGUAAGUGAGUAGGCGUCUACUGCUAAUAAGCAGUGGCUUUGCCACUUAGUGGUUGCCAAAUGUGUAUGUAUGCUGUGCUUUCCGAUUAUAUUUACCCGUCAGCAGAUGCAUGGGAAGCAUGUAUCCUAGCAUCGAGAAUCACAAGUUUCAAUGAUAGUUUUUGGAAUUCUCUGGUGAAACGAUGAGCAUCUGACGAUAGAUAGGGUGUGUAAACUUAAGCAUUGAGUUUGAGUUGCACCUGACUGUAUUCCUUCAUCCAUUAUGAUCGUUCAAAGACUGCUGGUGCUAGAAAUCGAUAGCAAGGUAGCACUGAGAGAGAAUAAACUACAUUUUGGAAUAAUCGCUUCAAACAUUUCAGCAUUACUGCUAGAUGAAAUGUUCAUUGCCAAAAGUAUAAACACCCUAUUUCCUAUAAAAGGGCUUCUGUCUUGUGGGUUUUAGCAUCCGGCACAGACAUUAGUAGUCGUUUUCAGGUGAACAAGUCAAACGGUUCUAAAUAAAAUAUUUACGGUGUGUACAAGACCCGCGUGAUAUGAUCUGCUGGGUUUAUAUUGCUGAAAAGUUAUUUGUUGUUGAGAUCUCAUGCUAACUUUGUUAAGAAAAUCCGAGGAAAUUUGGGGGGUGAGUCUUCUCCAGUCAGAUGACCCAACAUUGCUAUUUCAGAGUUAAUUCGGCAUACCCAUUUCAGUGGAUCAGUUGCCAGAAUUUGGGAAUAGGUGGCAUUGCUGGCCAUCGGUUGUUAGAGAAGCAGCAACUUCGUCACCACCGACCACACGAAUGCAUGCAUCGUAACAAUGACUUUCGCCGUUGAUAAAAGCGACCAUACGAGGUUUAUGAAACGGAUGAGGUAAAUGAGAUCUGAUCGAUGGAACGAACACUUUAUUCGCCUGUAGGUUUCCAUUUGCACUCGAAUCCACCAUCAGAGGCAGCAACAAUAAGGGCGGUGGGAGUACAUGGUAUGCCCUUUUUAUAGGAUGCGGUUUUCAUGCUGCCACUAAGAUACCGAGAUUAUCAUCUCCCACAUCAUCGCAGGUGGUCGUGCAUGCUGCGAUCAUAGCCUACUCACACGCACCCGAGUCCGUAGCUUUCGUAAUUUUAUUAACAGUUUUGGUUAUUGGCGUAAAAGUAAUUUGAGGAUUUAUGCCUUCGAUAAUGUCCCUAGGACCAAUAUUCAACUGCGCGCUUACGCCUUGUCCAUGUCGUGAACACUCGUGAGCAAUAAAUCAGCCCAGACAAAGUCCCAGCACUGAAAAUGAACGGGAACGUCGUUUCAUUUUAAUAUACGGAGGCAUCAACCGAACUUUACUCACAAACCUACUAGGUGUCGAUGGCAAGAUAAUGUCAAGAAGACCGAGGGUGGGCUUGGGCGUAAUGACUGACAAAGCUAAACAACUCGUUUUUGCGAGUCACACGCGGCCUGGUCUCCGCAGAGUGUACCAGGUUUUCACUGGACGCGGUCUCGAAUAAAAUAUCCUUAAAAAAUCCAUUGGCACUGCAUUAAGAGAGAGCCAGUGAGCCUAACUCCCAGUCCUCCAGUGGCCUCGCAUACAAAAACACUACUGAACACAAGGACCUAGUUAUCCAGUCAGUGGACAGACAUCCAAGUCACAACAUUUAGCAAAUCCUGACAAUUUCCAAGUACGUAAUCUUUAUUAUGGCGAUGAAUGCGCUGGUGUGUCGCAUAGAUGAAUGCCGUAGUACCGAUCUUACUCCCCUUUUCAUAGCACACGCACUAGUCCAUUAUGCGAGGCGGUCAGUUAGCCGGUGCGGGGAUUUGAGCGCAGUGGUUGGCACAGCAGCAACAGACCGUCUGCAUGUGUCACGCGCAUGACCUAUUCAGGCACUAGGUUGCGCCCGCACGCAGGGGCGUUAGUUCCGCAUCUGACUCACGUCGACUUCGCCUGUCAAGCGCUGCGUACGCGAGUGGGACAAUCUCCGCCAACGCCAUGACGCCGAUCGAUAUUUCUCUCUUGGUCAAUUGGCCGCGCCGUAGGGAACUCACGCGGCUGCAUUUUGACUGACACGUGAGAACGCUGGCUGCUGCUGCUUAGUGUGAUGUAUCUGUGUGCUACAUCGCCUCGGUAAACCUUGUCCAUCUAUCCAUCUUCCCUGUCUUCUGCUGUUGAAACCUUCACGUCGUCGAGCAUCGUACCUCUGAACACCUAUAGUCUUGCGUCGUCGUUCGAUGAUUGGCCUACAUGCCCCAUAACUGUCGCGGUAAGAUGCGGUUCUGUAGCCCCACCUGAUGGACAUAAUACUGUUGGGUUAGGGUUUAGGGCUGCGGUUAAGGGUUAGUGUUAGUGUUAGGGUUCGGGCUAGGGUUGGGAGUUGGGGCCUAGGCUUAGGGGUCAGGGGUGAGGGUUGGUGGUUAGGGUUAGACCAACUAUUUCUCAACGACACAAAGGACAAACGCGCAUUCCCAAUAGCUCUUCUUUUGCAUACAAUUACGUGACCUCGCCGCCUGUGCGUUCCCCGGACCCAAUUGCGGAAUUUCCUAUUACCACCGGUUCUGUAUUACAGGCGGCUGGGGUUUGUUUACCUUAGAUGGUGCUACAUAACCGCAUCUGACAAGUGUCGCUUGUUCUGUUGCUGCUACCAUCUCUGACGAUGGACACCUGCACGAGUUUGAAAGCUCGGGACAAUAAACAAAAUGCUCCGGUGCUCAACCCCCCUUCUUCUUCUCUUACACCAGCCUUUUCCUCGCCAUUCUGCGCAAUAGUAAGGCAUUGACAAUGGACAGUUUUCCAGAAUAAGUCCAACGUGUUUUGGCAUCCGCCCUUGACAUUCCUUCGACCGUGCAACUUACCCAGACACCCGAACGACUGGUAGGAAUUCACGGCUUCGUAAAGCUCUCCGUUACAACAUUUUCAACUUCAUCAGCCUCACCUGCGUCUGCUCUUUCAAACUUGAAUUCACAGAUGGCGACUCUCGCGCAAGCUUUAGCCUCCAUUUGACCUCAGACGGCCUCCUUUUCACCGAUGAUCCAACUGACGUCGUCCAGCCGGCAAGGCCAACACAAGUCUUCCUCUCGACCCAGCGCAGUUAUCACCUGCUGACAUCAUACCACAUUUGGUGCCGGAGCGUCACUGCGACUGUCACUGCUCCUUCGCAUCGAAGCAGAUCGGACGGGCGAAACAGGUCAUCCAGAAGAUCAGUGCAGCUGUUUUCCCUAGCCGAGCGCCCCCCCCCCCAUUCCCAUGUUUGGUAGCCUGUCCUUCAUCCUGAAAUUCGGUUUUCAUCGAUCGCUUUCUUGAAUCUUCGUGGUUGCCGAUGUCCCCCAUGAAACUCUCAGCCCGGACAUUCUAGCCAAUUUCGAUCUGCUCGUGGACUACCGACGUUCCCGACUGCUUGACCACACGACUGAUCUAUCUGUUCGUGGGUUGGCUCCCUCUACAACCUCUUGCAAAUUAUCUGUCCUACGUAGAGAUAUUGUUUGUACUUAUCAGGAAUUCCUUCGAACAUCGCCAACCACUAGCUUAUCAGCGGCAAUAUCAAACACGAUGUUGCGCACCACAUCCUCACUUCAGGCUCACCUGUGUUUGUUCGACCUAAACGACUGACGUUGGCCCGCCCUCAGACCAUGAAGGCGGAGUUGAAAUACAUGUUGCUGAAGACACUGUGGCCACUACUGCGCACUCAGCAACGCCACUAAUCCCGAUCGGUAUCCAGAGCCUACUCUCCAGGAUUUCGCUGGAGCCGUUUUCGGUAAAGCAAAAUCGAUCUUGUGUGCGCCUACCGAGAAUAUCACCGGAACUUUUGUUAUUACUCCACUUGACCUCUUAAAAUUCAUCCGAAUACCCAUCGGUCUUCGUAAUAUCGUUCAGACUUCCUAGAAGUUCGUGCGACUUGUUUCGCGUGGUCAGCCGUUUGUUUGUGCCUACGUCGAUGACCUCCUUGUAGUUAGUCGAAAUGCUGAGGAACACAAGGAGCACGCCAUCUCGGUGUUUGACUGCCUCGACACGUACAGCGUCUUAAUCAAGCCUAACAAAUGCUUUUUUGGUGUGCCAUCUCUUGAACUCCCUGCACAUCGCGUUGACUCGGACGGCUUGCAUCCUCCACCUCCAAGGAAGAAGCAAUUCGUGAUUUCCCUUUACUGGCUUCCAAGCGUCAGUUGCGGUGUUUUCUUGACAUGACCAACUCGUACUGACCUCAUGCUGCCGCUCACGAGCAUGGGCUUAAAGGUGCACUUUAGCUUGCUGGUGGGGCACUGGCUGCUGUUGAGCGAACCAAGGCUUCCCUAGUUGAUGCCCCCCCCCCGCUGACGCAUCUUGCUCCACAAAUUCCCCUGUCCCUUAUGGUUGACGCUUCGAGCGUAGCCGUUGGCAUCGUUCUCCGACAACAACUUGCUGAUUCAAUCUGGCCAAUAGCUUUCUUCUCCAAAGAACUCUCGCCGGCUAAAACGCAAUACAGUGCCUUUGGCCGUUAACUACUCGAAGUUUGCUUGACCAUGAAGCAUUCCCGACACUUUCUUGAAGGUCGUUAAUUCAUUAUUUUUACAAGCUACAAGCAACUGGUGUCUGCGUUUCGAUUCCCCUCGGAGGCAUAUAACUCGAGAGAGACUACCCACCUGAACUACAUCUCGCAAUUCACUACUGACGUCUGCUAUAUCGAUGGCGCGAAGAGUGAGGUGACCGUUGAGCUACUCAGACCCCCCCCCCCUUCCGCACACCAGCUCUCACAUGGGAUUUGCCUUACUGCCAUGACAGCUGAGCAACGCUGGGUCGGUUGUCCUGGUGACGAGUCCAUCAGUGGUCUCAAGGUCGCCGUCGUCUCCAUAGCCAACGGUGCUGGGAAAGUCCUUUAUGACGUCUGAACUCCUAAUCGCCCUUUCGUGCAAGCCCCGAUGAGUCGAGCUGAGUUUCAAUCUCUUCAUGGGCUAUCCCGCCCUGGAAUCCCAUCCUUAUCGAAGCUCCUUGUGAAAAGGUCUUUGUGGCCUGGCACGAACAAGGACGUAAGAGUUUGGCCCAGUUGUGUCUUAACCGCCAGCGGAACCAUGUGCGCCGCCACAGGUUUUCACCAGGUCCAUUCCCGGGCCCCCACGUACGGUUCAACCAUUUCCAUCUGCAUUCCGUAGGUCCCCUGCCUCCAUUCAAUGGCAGCAUUCAGCUCCUUACCUGCAUCCUUCGGUACACAUGCUGGGCUGAAGAUAUUCCCCUACCGAACCUGGAGGCGGACACCAUCGUCAAGAAUUUUCUCAGCUGUUGGGUCUCUAUUUUCGGCGAAUCCUUCAACGUUUGCGACUAGCCGAGGUGCCCCGUUCGAGUGUGUCCUCUUCCAAUCCCUCCUCAACUUUUUUGUCUGCACAGCGUCCUACCACCUAGCUGCCAACAGCACAUUUGGGCAUUUUCGCCGCUAGCUAAAGACCGAACAACCUGCAGCAGAGGACCCGACGAACUGGUCUGACCAUCUACCCUGUGCACUCCUUUGGCAUUCGAGCUACACUGAAGACGGAUUUGGGCUGUGGCACAGCCGAAUUGGCGUCGGGCACCACUCCCCCAUCUGCCAAGUGAAAUGGUCAUCUUUGCUGAGGCCGAUGAGACCCCUGACAACUUUGUGCAUCGCCUGCGUCAAUUUACGCGUUUGCUCCCCCUGUCCCGCGUAAACUCCAUCGAUCGACUCCUGUGUCGAGAAAGGGCCGGCCGAUUGCACUCGAGUAUUCUUUCGGUGUGACCGUUUCCGCAAGCCGUUGGAAUCAUCAUCCAAAGGACCGUCCCCAGGAAUCUCACGCGCAACUAAAACCUGUUGGAUUUUCCGCGGUGGCAAGGAGGACGUGGCCAGCAUCGAUCGGGCCAAAGCUAAUGUCUCAGACCAACCGCCGGACCUGCCUCAAGGACAAAAAAUGUGCCGACUCCAUGCCCCACGCUCCUCUGCUUUCCCUAUUUCUGCUCUUUCCAUUUUCGACACUCCAAGUCCCUCUAUAUCGUCCACCGACUCCCCGCCAUGUCCUGCGCCUUCAUCUGUACCCUCAUCCACCGCCGCCGCCGCCGCCGCCGCCACCACCACCACCACCCCCUCCAACUCUUCCUCCGCGGCACGCACUCAGACCUCUCCUGCUGCCUCUACCGUCUGUGUCACACGUAGUGGGUUCCGUGUCCACUUUUCUGACCGUCUGAUUACUCACGUUUUUUAG